ACACACUCACACUAAAACACACAAAAUGAGUUAUAAAGCCAUCUGUUUAGCGUUGCUGCUUGCCACUGCCACAGUGGCCCUGGCAUCCCAGGAUCCGGAGCUGCAGCAGUGCAAGCAACAGUGCCACUCCCAGCGCCACGCCGACGACAAGCAGAUUCGACAAUGCGAAGACCGCUGCGAGGAUUACCACCGCAACGACAGGAGCCCCAUCCAGAAGCUGCGCGAGUGCAACAGAGACUGCGAGCGCCGCCAGCAAGAGGAGCGCCGGCGUGAGGACUGCCAGAGGCGCUGCCAGGAGAGGUACGAGAAGGAGACCCAGAGCUACGACCAGAAAUAUCAGAAGCAGACCACCAACAACCCCUACGUGUUCGAGGAUCGCCAUUUCGUUACUGGAAUGCAGACGCAGCACGGCCGCCUCCGCAUUCUCCAGCAAUUCACGGAGAGGUCUGAUCUGCUCCGCGGGAUCGACAACUACCGCGUCGCUGUGCUUGAAGCGCAGCCGCAGACGUUCAUCGUGCCUUCGCACUUGGAUGCCCAAAUCCUUGUGUUUGUUGCCAGAGGGAGGGGAGCAGUGAACAUGGUGCGCGAAGAGAGGAGAGAAAGCUUCAACAUCAAACAAGGGGAUAUAUUCAGAAUCCACGCUGGAACGACGACGUAUUUGGUCAACCGGGACAACAAUGAGAGACUUGUCCUAGUCAAACUCAUCCAGCCUGUUAAUACUCCCGGCCAGUUUGAGCAAUUCUACGGAGCUGGAGGGCAAAAUCCCGAAUCAUACUUCAAGGCCUUCAGCGAUGAAAUUCUUGAAGCUGCUUUCAAUGUGGAUGGACAGAGGGUGAAGAGGCUAUUCGGGCAACAGAGACAAGGAGCGAUCAUCAAGGCGUCGUCGGAGCAGAUACGCUCGAUGAGCCAGCACCAAGAAGGCGGCAUCUGGCCGUUCGGCGGGGAGUCAAAGGGCACUCACAACAUCUACGACCAACGCCCCAUCUACAACAACAAAUACGGGCAGUACUACGAGGUCGAGUCCUCCCAAUUCCGUCAGCUACGCGACCUCGACAUCGCCAUUUCAUUCUCCAACAUGUCCCAGGGUGCCAUGACUGCUCCCUUCUACAACUCCAAAGCCACCAAGAUCGCUGUGGUGGUGGAGGGCGAAGGCUACUUCGAGAUGGCAUGCCCCCACCUCUCCCAAUCUCAGUCACAGAGGCAGAGGCAGAGGCAGAGCCGCCGCAGCGAGGAGGAGGAGGAGGAGGAGGAGUCUUACAGGCCGCGUGGUGAAUCCACCACCAGCUACAAGACGGUCCGGUCCCGGUUGAGGACUGGCACCGUGGUGGUGGUGCCGGCGGGUCAUCCUUUCGUGGCUGUUGCUUCCAACAACCAGAACCUACAGAUCCUGUCCUUCAAAGUGAAUGCUGACAACAACGAGCAGUUCACUCUAGCAGGGAAGAGGAAUGUGAUGAACCAGCUGGAGAGGGAGGCCAAGGAGCUGGCGUUCGGGAUGCCGGCGAGAGAGGUGGAGGAGGUGCUCCGUAGCCAGAAGGAGGAGUUCUUCUUCGAGGGACCAGGGCGGAGAGCCGACGCAUAAGGCCGUUAGAGGCUGCCGGAAUUUUGAGCUUGGAAGUUGAUGUGUGGUGUGUAAAUUUUAGUGUGGGAAACUACUACUCUGUAUAUGUAAGAUCCACAUGAAUAAAAACUCUGAGCUCCGGCAUCUCUUUGCUUUA